UUAUUGAAUUCGUCGGUGAAAAUAAAAAUUAAAGCAUGGACGGUCCUACCAGGGUCCAAAGCUGUCAGAAGAAUCCUAGAGGAGCAGUGAAAAAGAAUUUGGGUGAACCUUCCUUCUCUCCAAUGACGCCGUUUCUGCAAAGUCAAAAACCGCUGUGCGCCGUCUCCGCAGAAGAGUCGGCCAAAGAGGACGAAAAUUUCAACGAGGUCACGUUUCUCUGUUUUGCCAACGACUCAGCUGUGGCACCCAAGGAAUUGGCAACCGUCUCUGUAGGCCUUCCAGAUGUUCUGACAUCAGCCCAGUGGUGCAGUUUGCACGACCAGGAAGCUCUUCUGCUAAAGGAUGUGUGCAAACCGGCAGAGACGAGUCACGACUUCCGACAAAAGCGGAAUUGCGCUUCGCGAGUCCUGUGCGUGAUGAGAUUGUCUUCUUCGUUUCCGAGACUCAGAGCGGACGCUGUAGUCGCUCUGCUGAGUAAGUACACAGCCGCCAUCCGAUGCACGGAGGAAAGGCACGCCUUGCCGAAACCGGCGCCGGACUCCGUCCACACCGAGAACGAUGACACCAAUCAAUCCGUGUCCUCCAUUGAAGACGACUUUGUCACGGCUUUAGAGCACUUAGAGGAAGAGGAGCCGGCAAAGGCCGUCCAUACUGGUGAGUCGCCCCCCCGGAGUAUUGUGCCUUCUUCAGCUCCAGAGUCUUCUCCAAAGACCAGCUUUGCCCAUCAUCUCAAAUCUAAUGAUCAGAAGUCCUUCAUCAGUUCUCUGUAUCGGAGGCCAUCGGUCAAGUCCUCCAUCUCCUUGGUGAACAUCUUAGAACUUGAAGAACUGUCAUCUUCCGUAAGAAAUCCGGUCUCCGCUUCUCUUUCUGAUCCUUGGAUACAGAGAAGUUUUUUCAGGUCCCAUGGUUCUUCGGAUCGCAGUGUUAAUUUUUUGCACAAAACCUUGUUCUCCUCCUCCCCUGCCGACUCGUCCGAGUCAGACUGCUCUAGUCCAAGCCCUGUCAUCUUCUUGGAUGAAGAAGGGUAUCAAAAAAGUUUGAAGGCAAAGCUUCAACUCCCCAAAAUCCCAGUAGGGAAAGACGGGGUAGAAGAUUCUGACUCUGAAGUCAGCGAGUUUUUUGAUAGUUUUGACCAGUUUGAUGAACGUGAACAAACUUUGGAAGACGGUCCUAAAGGUUCUCGAGAUCCCACCGCCGCAAGUCAUACCUCACAGAAAAGCAUUGUUUCGUGUAAGAAGCCCUGCUCCACAACGUCAAUGAAUCCCCAAAAGUUCAAGUGUGAUCGUCCCGUUCUCCCAGCCAACGUAAGGAAGCCAACUCCACGCAAACCGGAAUACCACAAUCUGCUGGAUGUCCCAGAUUCUCCCCGCCUGAUCAAAAAUCCAGCUGACGACCACACGGCCUUGUUCAGCCCAAUCAGAUCUUCUGCUUUCAGUCCGUUAGGCACUUGCUUUCCCACAGAGUGCCUUUGUCGAAUCAAUCGCGAUUCCUUUAGCCAAAACCACAACCUUGUCUAUCACACCUACUCGGAUUUUGCAAAUAAUAUUUCCUUUGAAAUUCUGGGUUCUGUGUGUAAUGCUAGACCACCCUCCUUGUGUAGAUGCACACAGGAGAUGAUCAGCCAGGGUAGGAUUGUCUCGGAAGAAGAGAAAGACCGAACGGCCAAAACUCAAAGAGAAAUAUCUAGAAAAGGACUUCAUAAGAAAGAUAAAUCCAAACACAAGUCUGGGGUGAUUAAAGACCACAUCCAGAAAUUUGCUUCAGAGCUGGUGGAAACGAGUUUCGGAAGUGCGUUUAAAGACCUUCAGAAGGGCGUUUCUUCAUGUACCAACGCAUUGUGUCACUUGGCUGCUAAGUUGACUUCUUCGGUCUUCCAGAUGGCCUUCUACGAGAUUGGGAGGCAGCAGGCUCUUUUACUGAAAAAGAAAGCCCUAAAUGGCUUAGCGGGGUUUUUGGUGAGCCAAGCCGUCACAGGAGCUUUGAAAGAACUAUACUCCGUAAAGCAACAAAUGUUUACGAACACCGUUACCAAAUUUGCAGCGAACCUGGCCGAGGAGCUGAUAUUUGAGGGGAUAAUGGAAGUUUGUCAGUUUUCACAUCCAGCGACGCCCACGGCAUCUCAUCAGGGCUCCUUCCAGUAUGACAAUACCGUCGUAUGGUCCUAUGCCAAAGACUUGUCUGAAUCCGUCAUCCAGGAUGCUUUUAUCGAGUUAUCACAGGUCGAUGUGAGCUUUACACCGCAAGCUGCAAUCAGCGUUUCCGUGGACAACGUACAAUAUGUCAGCACAGAAAGAGUGGUAGAGUUAACCCCGACAUCCAAUGGAUCUUCUGAGCUUUGUGAGAAAGUGCCGGUGGCCUUGAACCCUGCUUGGGAAUUCAGGAAGGAACACACUAUUAGUAGAGCCUUGUUCUACACAUCUGGCAUUGCAAGUUCAAUUCCGGUGCCCUUAGCCGGAAGCAUCCUUUCUCAGCACCAGAUUUUAUGGAACGAAGCCAAAGCCAAGAAUCAAUCGGCGUCCGGGAACAUGCUCUCCUUCUACAAAGGGCCCACAGAAACGUGUUGUGUCACCCGAAAGAAUCAAAGUGAAGUAUCCUCACUUAGAAAUGUCUACCUGACCACUGGUUUCACACCGGAGAACGAAUGCAAGCCACCCGACCAGCCUGAGGCCAACAAACUUGCUGAAAUAUCGAGCAUCAAUAACUUUUCAGGAACGAUGGUCGAUAUGAUCGUGUCAGAAGCCUACGAAGCCGUCACUUCUUCCAGGGUUUCUAAAUCAACAGAGCAGUACACCGGCGUGCUGCAAAUGAAGAAUGCUCCCUAUUUGCAGUGCAUUGGGAAAGACUCCUGCAAGAAUAUGUUUGCUAACUAUUUGACCAAACGGAUCAUAAAACAGUCUGUCGACGAGACGAAAUCGGCAUGUUCGGCUACCGGCGAAAAAUUAGCCUACUGCGUUGGGCUGGGAACCAAUGCAAGAAGCCGUAAGAAGGAAUCGCAGAGCGUAGCGAAACAAGGAGACAACACGAAGAAUAUCCCGGUUAUCGUGGGUCAGCAGCAGAUGCCUUUAAACAACAUAUCGAAAUUUCAUAUCUCUACUGCUUCUUCGAAUCGGUGUCUGCUGUUGGGGUGUAAAGACGGUGUUCAGGAAAAAAGGAAACGGGCGGCUUGCAAACCAUCCCCAAGUACACCCUCUCCUGUCGCGUCAUUUGCCAAAUCUGAUGAGCAGGUGCCAGAUGUGGAAGACAGUUCAGCGAUACCGAUCAGUACUUUACUUGAAAAACGGAGCGUGUCUAAAGCCACAGGAGGUUCUGCAUUUGGUCGCGAAGUGUCUUUUUCAGAAAUAAAUAACUGUUCUGUGGUGCCUAAGUGUGAAGAUGCACUUCAGCUGGAAGAUAAAUUGAGUGUCGGAGAGAGAAACCUUCUCGUGGUGACAGAAACACCGCCAUCUACGCCUUUAGUACCUUCUCAGGCAAGCUCGGAGUGGAGUUUAAGGACGUUAACAAAAAAGCUGAAAGGGGAAUUAGCGAAGGAGUUUGCACCUGCUACACCCCCUUCGACUCCUUACGUACCAGAAACAGAUGGAAUAUACACUCCGGAAUGUGAACACUUAGAAAAGGAAGAGUUUAUGCUGAAAUUAAUGCGGUCUCUUUCUGAAGAAGUGGAAAACAAGGAAGUUGAAGAAGAAUCUGCCACACUGAUAGAGCAAAUUCAACCAUCGGGACCGACAAUAGAUUAUGCUGAUCAUCUGGCAACUUGUAUCAUCUCUAUGGCAACCGAACAGGCCUCUUCACGUUUGCAAGAUAAAGCUACUCUGAAGAAUGGAUACUUUCAAGUGAGCACGGAAGACAAAAGACGGGGGUAUUCCACGCUUGUUAACCUUCCAGAAAAAAACACGCACUCUUUGUGGAUUUACGCUGGUGAAAUGGCUGGAAGAGUCCUCCGAGAAGCCAAGAAAAGGGUCAACUCAAGGCAGUGUAAACUUCUGAGGCUCAGUCAAGUUAAUUACGAGGGCGAUUGCUUUCAUCUGAAAAGAAGUUAUCACGAAUGUUGGUCGAAGGACAGAAGACAAAAGUCACGUGGUAGAGAACCGGAUGGUUCUGUUCUUCCUGUACCCCUGAAUUCGGAAGCUUUGGGUCUUAACUCCAAGUAUCCGAGCUGCGAAAGUGUGACGGAUGAAUACACUGAUCACAUCAUUCGGAUUUUGAAACAGGAAGGGGGACACGGUGACCUCAUCAUGGACAAUUUUGCAAGCAGGCUCGCUUACAAAUCGGUGCGAUCUGGAAUACAGCAAGCCGCCAGGAAACUCCGAGUGAAGUACAGUAGAAAGGUCACUCCCGAAAAGAGCUUCAGGCUAAACGGUAAGCUUGAAGUUGAGGCAGCAAACCAGGAUGUAGAUCUAAAGAAUCAGAAGAACAGUAUGAUGCUUCAUCUUGCCAAGCAGCCUUGUAGGAGCCGGUGUCCCUUACAUGGAGCUGAAAGUUCAAAGUUGCUGGAUUUUUCGGAAUCUCUCGCUUGUCGGAUCACAUCGGAUGCCAGAAGGACAUUCACGUCCACGACGAGUUUACCCAAAUCUUUGACGGAUUCUUGUUUGUACCAACCAUCCCGAGACGAUAAAGUGACAGAUUUCAAAGCAACGUGGACUCAAAGACUGCCUUCUUCACGUUGCAGGCAGAAACUGUAUCACAGCACUGAGAGUUUGAGGGACUCUACCUAUCAAGAGAAUGUUUUGCAAGCCCUAGAUCAAUACGCAAAGAAGAUAGUAGACGACACUUUAGAAGUGAGUUUAGAAUCAGCUACUCGGCAAGCUCCCGAAGGCUGGACAAAAGGAGAGAGAUUAACCUGGGACAAAAAAAUGACUCCAUUUUCUAUAGCUGCCUGCAAACACUGCAGUCUGAAAGAACGCCACUCCUGCACGGGAGGUUCGUCUCUGCAGCUAGCUGGACAAGAACUUCCUUCUAACGUUCGAUACGCUUCAGACGGGAGUGUAAACAUCACCUUGCCUAAGUCUCACGUGCUUCAUUUGGACAUUCCCCAAAUUCACGUCAAUCUGGACGAGAAGGUCAUAUUUGCUGAAAACCUGGCCCCUGUCACUUUGGACCGAGCAAGGAGGCAGCUGAGCAACACUAGUUUGACAGCCGAUAGCGGAAUCAGUCAAGAUGGAAUCAGCUUUGCCGAAAGUCUAACCACAGAAAUUAUGACUUCUUGCAUGACAAAUAUUGCUCCCGCCAUCAAUAUAAGCGCCAUGGAAACAGAGGGAGUGAAUUCUGCUGAAUCCGUGGUCAGCCAGCAUACUGGAGAUGACAGCACCGGCAGCUGGUCCAACCUGAGUUUUGAUGAGGAACAUCCAGAUGAGAGCAGCAGUUUUCUCCACCUCAGCGAUAGUAAUGGUAACAGCAGUAGCUGGAGCAGUCUUGGUUUAGAAGGAGAUUUGUCCUUUCCAACAUCAGACAGUGAUGGAACAGAAGACAAAGAGGAAGAGCUUAAAGAUUCCACAGAAGAGGGAGGGAGAGAGGGAGGGAGGGAGGGAGAAGGGNGGCUUAGUGCUUCCGAAGCAGGUGUGGCCGAGCUGCGUUUCCAUGACGACACGCCGGGAGAGUUUGUCCUCCUUUCAAAGACAUUGCAGGAGAAAGGCUGGCGAGUGGGAGACCUCUUCCAGGCAGUUCUGAAAUAUUGCGAAGCCAUGGAGAAGUCUGCCGAUGGGGACGGAGCCCCGGAAAGCAAAACACUCUUUGUGUGGCUUCGGGAGCGUGUCUGAAUGGCCGGGAAAGUUUCUGCUCGCUU